GGAAGGGCUCUAAUUGCCUGAUUUGAGGUAUCUCUGCGUGUCAUGGUGUAAUCUAAAUGUCAAAUGCAGAUAGAUUUUAGUCAGUAUCCCAGGUGUUUUCAGUCCGGGUGAUUCCAGCGGUUCAAGUGACAUGGCCAACUACAAGUCCCAGGGAACACUGCCAUCCACAGGUUCGUGCAGAUGGAUUGGCAUCCUGCGCGGGCCAAUGGCAGGCAGAGAGCUGCAGAAAACGCGCGUGUGUGUCAGCUGUUAGCCUCAAACAGCACUGGAGAGAGCGGCAGACCCGCGGCCAAGUCGCCGGUUCCGCCGGGCUACUUUUGAACCCGCCUGCGAGCUCGGUGUUUAGAUUCUGUACUACAGCCUCUGUGCCACAGCUGGACAAAGCCUGCUGGAGCAGCCCAAAUGGAUGCAAUUCUGAACUGCAGACCGGAUGACUUGGAAGAUUACUACAACUUGCUAGGCUGCGACGAGCUGUCUACGGUUGAACAGAUUCUUGCAGAAUAUAAGAUUAAAGCUCUUGAGUGUCAUCCUGACAAACACCCUGGAAACCCUAAAGCAGUGGAAAAUUUCCAGAAGCUGCAGCAAGCUAAGGAGAUUCUUACUAAUGAAGAGAGCCGAGCACGAUAUGAUUACUGGCGACGGAGCAAAAUCACCAUUCCCUUCCAGCAGUGGGAGGCCCUCAGCCAGUCUGUGAAAACGUCAAUGCACUGGGCUGUCCAAAGCAAGAAGGACCAAAUGCUGGAAGCUCCUGACAUGAAUAAUAGCAGUAACAUAACUGAUGAGAUGUGGACACAACAGCUUGAAAAGAGUGAAGAUGGACUGUUGGAUGGGAACAGAGAGCAAGAAGAUGUUGCAAUUCCUGAUGCAAAACCACAGUCUUCCAAGAAUCCAGGCUCCCCAAGGUUUUCAGAGGGAAAUUGCUGGCACUUGCGUUUCCGCUGGUCAGGGGAUGCCCCAUCAGAGCUUCUGAGGAAAUUCAGAAACUAUGAGAUCUGAAAUGCAGAGAAGACCAGAGCAUGAGAUCAUCCAUUCAACUGUUCAGUAUUUUUUUUAUCAGCAGUGAGAAGUUAUUUGUGGUUUGUAAUCCUUUAUUGUGAUAUCAACACUGUUGGAAUAAAUGUCUGAAUCUUGAUUUGUUAA